AGCCAAUAGCCAAAUCCCCUACCUCUCUCUCUCUCUCUCUCUCUUCCCCUCUGGUCCUCGAAAGGACCAUUUACAUUACAGCAACAAGAACGAAGAAAGUUGCAGUCAUUCAUGGCCGAAGUAAAAACAGGGCUCGGUCUCUUGACUCUUCCGCAUUGACUCUCUCUCUCUCUCUCCUUCUCUCGGCAACAAGAACCAAUGCCCGCUCCAAUCGAACCCCAUUCUUUAUAAGCCGCAUCCAUCGUUGUCUCCUACCCCAAGAAGACCCCUCCCUUCUCCUACGAUUUCUUGAUUCCUUCCUUCCCUCCCCAAGGGCGGCCCAUUCCAUGGGCACUCCCUCCCCCUCCCCCUCCCCCUCCUCCUCCUCCUCUUCAUCUUCCUAUGCCUGGCCCCGUCGCCGUUAUGCACCGCCAUCCGCUCCUUCCCGGCGGCCGCCGACGUGCCCCGGUUCGCCGAGGCCCCCGAGUACCGUAACGGCCGGGGCUGCCCCGCCGUGUCCCCGGCCUCCUCCUCCUGCGACCCCUCGCUCGUCCACGUCGCCAUGACCCUCGACUCCGAGUACCUCCGCGGGUCCAUCGCCGCCGUCCACUCCGUCCUCCGCCACGCCUCCUGCCCGGAGAACGUCUUCUUCCACUUCGUCGCGGCGGAGUUCGACCCGGCCAGCCCCCGGGCCCUGACCCGGCUGGUGCGCUCCACCUUCCCGUCCCUCAACUUCAAGGUGUACAUCUUCCGGGAGGACACCGUCAUCAAUCUGAUCUCCUCCUCCGUCCGCCAGGCCCUCGAGAACCCCCUGAACUACGCCCGCAACUACCUCGGCGACAUCCUCGACCCCUGCGUCGACCGGGUCAUCUACCUCGACUCCGACCUCGUCGUCGUCGACGACAUCCGGCACCUCUGGGAGACGCCGCUCCGCCGCUCCCGCGUCAUCGGGGCCCCCGAGUACUGCCACGCCAACUUCACCAAGUACUUCACCGACGCCUUCUGGUCCGACCCGGUCCUCUCCCGGGCCUUCGGGUCGCGCGAGCCCUGCUACUUCAACACGGGGGUGAUGGUGAUGGACCUGGCGAGGUGGCGGGAGGGGGGCUACCGGAAGCGGAUCGAGGGGUGGAUGGAGGUCCAGCGGCGGCGGAGGAUAUACGACCUGGGUUCGCUGCCGCCGUUCCUGCUGGUGUUCGGGGGCAACGUGGAGGCGAUCGACCAUCGGUGGAACCAGCACGGCCUCGGCGGCGACAAUGUGAGGGGGAGCUGCCGGUCGCUCCACCCGGGCCCCGUGAGCCUGCUGCACUGGAGCGGGAAGGGCAAGCCGUGGGUGCGGCUGGACGAGAGGCGGCCCUGCCCGCUGGACCACCUGUGGGAGCCUUACGAUUUGUACAGCAAGAGGGGCGGCAGAUUCGGAUUCGGGUUCGGUUCGGGUUCGGGCUCUCCUUCUUCUUUUUCCUCCUCCGGGAGCACAUUGAUGAUGGGGUACACGAGCUACUUGCUGUGAAGAAUUGGAGGAUUGGCGAGACUCGAUGAAGAUUCUUCCAUCUCUAUAUCAUCUUUCUCUCAUUACAUUCGUUCAGAUUGGAUGAUUCUUUGAUAGGCGGUGUACAGAUUGAUUGGCGAUUAGUAGGAAAGGAUGAAGAACAUAAAUCUCUUUUUCUUUUUUUCUUUUUUCUUUUUUUCUCUUUUUGUGGGGUGGGUUGGGGGUUCCAUUCGUUGUGAUCAUUAUUUUUCAAAUUCUUUUUUUUUUUUUUUUGGGGGUGUUUUUAGGUUGGACAAUUGAUGAUUCUUACAGCACUUUCUUCUUUUUCUGUUGUUGUCGAUUACAUAUUUGUUUAGAUUUCAUUUCAGUUCACAAAUUUUGGAGGAAGGAGAUGAAUUUGUGGGAGGUUGGUUGAAUGGAGAAUAACACCAUGUUGUUCUUUCUUUC